UUCUGCUGACUACAUAAAUAAGAGUCAGAAACAAAUGAUGUAAACCUUGAGAUGGUUUUUGGAUAGAGCAUAAUAUUUGUGAAUAUUUUGCAACCAUGAGGAAUUUGUUGGUUAUAUUUUAUUCGUGGCAACUCCUAUUUGGCAGUUUGUCACUGAUAAAGACAUCUGAUGCGGCUCGUCGUGUUGAUGCUCAUGAAAGAGCAAGGAGAAUGAUUUAUCUUCCUUCAUCUCCAUUUCAUCGGCGUCAUUUAGAUAAAACUGAAGUAACAGUCAGAGAUCUUCUUGGUUUGAAGGAGUAUGAAGAAGUUGAAGAGUCAAACCGUAUCAAAACAGCUGAAGGCACAGAAAUUUUACGCUUACAAGAGAAGUUCUUGGGUGUUCCUGUUUUUGAUGCUUCGUUAACCGUUACACAAGAUAAAGAUGGACAUUUGACUGGUGAUGCAACAGGAACGUUUAUUCAAGGAAUUGAAGAUGAUAUCACAAAUGCAGAACCAAAGCUUUCAAAAUUAGAUGUCUUCGAUAUAGCUUUUAAAGCAGAAGGAGAUGAAAUUUAUGCAAAGAGCAUCCAGCCAGAAUACAAAAUUAUGAUUUUCCUGGAUGAAAAUGACAAAUCUCGACUAGCAUACCAUAUAAAUUAUCGAAUAGAAAAUGAAGAAGUUAUUAAACGACCUACAUUUGUUAUUGAUGGUAACACUGGAGAAAUACUGCUGAAAUAUAAUAAUUUAGAUACCAUUUCCAGAGUACUGACUGGUUCUGGUGGUAAUGAAAAAUCAGGAAUAUACAAAUUUAGUGAGAAAAAUCACAAAGCUUUUGUGACUCAGAUUGGUGAAAUGUGUUUUCUUGAAAAUAAUUAUGUAAAAGUAAUAGACAUGCAAAACAGGUACAGUGAAGAUUUUCAUGGCACAGAUCCUAUCUAUUAUCUUUGUGAUGUUGGUUUUAAUGACAGUGUUAAUACGGCCAUAUCACCAGCACUUGAUGCCUUCUAUUAUGGUAGCAUGAUAUCUCAGAUGUUUCAGGAAUGGUUUAAUUCUUCAAUACUAAACAAACAAGCAAUCUUGCGUGUUCAUUAUGGGAUAGAUUAUGAAAACGCAUUUUGGGAUGGGGAAUAUUGCUCAUUUGGUGAUGGCGAUACAAACGUUUAUCCUCUUGUAGUUGCAGAUGUAAUUGGACAUGAACUUGCUCAUGGCUUCACAGAACAACACUCUGGAUUGCUUUACAAAGACCAGUCUGGAUCCAUAAAUGAGGCGUUUUCUGAUAUAACAGGAGAAGUCACUGAAGCUUAUAUGAGUGAGAUUGACUGGUUUGUUGGCUUCGAUGUCAUUAAAGAAGAGGGUGCAUUGAGAUACAUGGCAAACCCCUCCUUAGACAAUGAAUCUGUAAGUCAUGUUGAUAAUUUCACUGCAAAUAUGAACGUUCAUUAUGGAAGUGGGAUUUAUAAUUUUAUUUUUUACUACAUUGUACAUGAAUUAAAAAUGGAUAUAAAAGAAACUUACCAAGUUUUCCUCAUUGCCAAUACAAUAUAUUGGCACUAUUAUACAGACUUCAUUUCUGGGGCUUGUGAUAUGUUGAAGGUUGCCUAUGACCUUGGCAAAGAUCUAACCCCUUUUAUUAAAGCUUUUGAAGUUACAGGAAUUAAACCAUGUGAUCUAGAGAAACAUAUUCAAAGAUUGUCAUUUGGCAAAACAAUCUCAGGUAUUAGAGUGUCAGUUGAAGCAAACCCAGUCUUUGAUUUUAUUUAUCCAAAGCUAGUUGGGAAUAUUACAAUUAUCGCCACUGGUAUGUGUGGCAAAGUUCAUAUUAAGUUAUCAAAGUACAAUAUGCUAACAGAGGGAGAUGGUUUGGAUCCAGAUACAUUGUUAGCUGAAGGCACAUCAGAAGUGACUGUAAGAAAUCUUGAAGGACCUAAAUUUUUUAUCAAAUUGUCUCCGGAAUCUAGAGAAAAUUUAGAAAAUGUUACACUGCAUGCUACUUAUGCUUGUGAUCCUUAUUUUGUUGCUGAGACAUAUGAGGAUUAUGAGUUACAAGAGCUUAUGUGUGAUGAGGAUUCAGAAGAUUAAAAGUAUAAUCAGAUUAUAUUAACUACUGAUUUCAAUAAUAAAUAAUAUGUCCAAUAAUUUACAAUUUAAUCAAUAAAUAUUUGAUAAUUGCUUGCAUUUUUAGAUAACUAUAAUCUUACUUUAUUGUGGAUGUUUAACUGAAAACACAAAUGGAUAAUAUAAAUAAACAUAAUAUGAAUCUCAACAAUUUCA